CGUGUAGCAACACGUGCGCAGAACCGGAACCGUAUGUCUUCCAAUCAAGAAUUGCCACAUUUUGCCGGUUCACCGAAAUAACUCGCACAUUGCAUCAACUAAAUCAGAUAACUUCAACUGAACAACUUUAAUAUUAUAGUUAGGAGGCAUUUCCUGUAAGUAAUGCGCUCCACACAUAUUAAAGAGCUGGCUCUGCUGGCAUGUAUAAGUCUGCUAUUCCCCACCGCCUAUGGGGCAAGUCUGGCCGUAAUGUCCAUUGAUCUCGGGAGUGAAUUCAUAAAAAUAGGACUUGUGAAGCCUGGUGUACCAAUGGAAAUUGUCUUAAAUGAUGAAUCCUCCAGAAAAUCAUCAACUAUUGUUGCUCUUAGAGAUGGGGAUCGACUGUUUGGUACAGCAGCUGAAGCCACUGCUGUGAAAGUGCCAAAGAAGGCCUACUGGUACUUGACUCAAAUCAUUGGUAAAAGGUUUGAAGACCCACAAGUUGAUUUGUACAGGAAAAGAUUCCCUUAUUAUGACAUAGUUAAAGAUGAAGAAAGAGGAACACCUCUUUUUAAAGUAGAUGAUGAGACUACCUACAGUCCUGAAGAGUUAUUGGCCAUGGUCCUCGAAAAAGCAAAGUCCUCGGCGGAAGCAUUUGCUGAUACCCCAAUCUCUGAUGCUGUUAUCACUGUCCCUUCCUACUUCACCCAGUCUGAGAGACGAGCGGUCAAAGAGGCCGCAGAAUUGGUUGGAAUUAACGUCUUGCAGCUCAUCAGUGAUAAUGUUGCAGUGGCCUUGAACUACGGCGUAUUCAGAAGGAAGAUGUUCAACAGCACCACCCAGUAUUACAUGUUUUAUGAUGCUGGAGCCACCAGUACAUCAGCCACACUAGUAGGUUACCAGAUGGUGAAGUCGAAGGAAGGAGACAGAGUUGAGACCAACCCUCAACUGGUCGUCAAGGGAGUAGGUUUUGACAAAUCACUGGGAGGACUGGAGAUGACGCUUCGACUCAGAAACCACCUGGCCAAAUUAUUCAAUGCCCAAAAGAAAACAAAGACUGACGUCUUCACCAAUGACCGAUCAAUGGGAAAACUAUUCAAGGAGGCCAACAGAUUAAAGAAGGUCCUCAGUGCUAAUGUAGAACAUAUGGCACAGGUUGAGGGUCUGCUUGAGGACAUUGACUUCAAAGCCAAGGUCACUCGCGAGGACUUUGAGGAGAUGAACAAGGAUCUGUUUGACCGAGUCACUAAACCAAUCGAAGACGCACUCCAAACAUCACAAGUGACACUGCCUGAAAUCACUGAUGUUAUUUUGAUGGGUGGAGGAACCAGAGUGCCCAAAGUUCAAGAGAAGUUGCUCAAGUUCCUCAAGAGAGAUGUUCUGGGUAAGAGUAUAAACACUGAUGAGGCUGCUGCCCUUGGAGCUGUAUACCACGCAGCAGACCUUGGGAAAGGUUUCAAGGUCAAGAAGUUCUUGAUCAAGGAUGCCUGCCACUAUCCUAUUGUUGUGGAGUUUGAAAAGCAGACUGCUGAAAGUGCUGAAGACAAGCCAAAAAUAGUAAAAAGGACAUUAUUUGGGAGAAUGAACCCCUACCCUCAAAAGAAGGUGAUGACGUUCAACAAACAUGUUAAAGACUUCUCCUUCAAUGUAUCGUAUGGUGACCUGAGUUUUCUUAGUGAAGACGAUUUGAGGUCUUUCCCUGAUCACCUGAUUCACACCUAUCACCUGAAAGGUGUAGAAACUGCAUUCAAGAAGCAUGUUGAGAAAGCCGACAGUAAAGGGGUGAAGGCUCACUUCAGGAUGGACGAGGAUGGAAUCUUACACCUAGAUAGAGUUGAAUUUGUAUUUGAGAAGGAAGGUCCACCAGAGGAAUCAACUUGGUCAAAACUAGGGGAUACUAUAAGUGGAUUUUUUGGAGGCAAAGAAGAUAAGGAGGAUAAGAAACCAACAACAGAUGAAACAGCACAAGAGGGAGACAAACCUGACGAUAAAUCAGGUGAAGGAAAAACGGAAUCUGAGGCUCAACAACCAAAGCCAGACAGUGGGGACAAAAAGAUUCCAGCUGAUGAAGAGAAGAAGAAUGAAGAGACCACAGAAAAACCCACCAAGGAAAAGAGUGAAGAUAAAAAAGAGGAUAAGAAAGAGGGGAAAAAGCAAACUGUCAAAAAAGAAACAGAGAAAGCUGAUAAUACCACUAAAACUGAAAACAAGACAGAGGAAGUCAAGGCCCCCAAAGUGACCUUCAUUAAAGAGGAUAUUUUAGCAGAGAAUGAAUCAUUUGAUAUCCUACCAAUUACUACAGAAAAGUUCAAGGCUGCCAAGAAGAGACUAGCUGAAUUAACAGCAAAAGACAAAGAAAAGAAGUUGUUAGAGAUGGCUAAGAACGAUCUGGAGGCGUACAUCUAUGACAUGAAUGACAAACUGACGGACGAGGACCACGAGAAGUGUUCCACCUCCGCCGAGAGGGAGGAGUACAGCAAGCUGUUCGCGGAGGCCGGCGAGUGGAUGUACGAACAGGAAGAGGAUGCCAAGAAGGAGGUGUACUUGAACAAGUUGAAGGAACUGAAGAAGUUAGUGAAGGACUUGGUGUACAGGGUGAAGGAACUGAAGGAGCGUCCCAAGGCCCUGGAUGCCCUCAACUCCAUGCUUAACCACUCCGAGUUCUUCCUGGUCAGCGUCAGGAACCUGUCCCUAGGGGAGGAUCCCAUGUUUACUGAGGUGGAAGCCACCACGCUGGAGAAACUCAUCAAUGAGACUUAUCAAUGGUUGGAGACCAUGACAAAGGACCAGAAUAUAACACCUCUGACAGAGAAACCCAAACUAUUAGUGGAUGACAUUGCUAUGAAAUAUCAAGCACUGGACAGGGAGGUCAAAUACCUGAUAAACAAGGCGAAGAUGUAUCGACCUAAAACCAAGCCCAAAGCCAGCAAAAACACCACAGCCACAAACAAUACAAAGGCAGAUACCAACUCGUCCGAUUCAACCUCAGGUGAGAGUACAAAAUCUGGUGCUGAUGAAGGUCCCCAGCUAGAUGUACCAGAGACAGAGACCAAAGCACCUAAACGAAGACCCAAUUCCAAACGAGGAGAGGAGAAAUCUGAAGGAGAGGAAGAGAUUUUACAAUUAGAUGAAGGUGAAGGCAGUGAGGGAUCAGAGGGCACAACAACAAAGAAAACGGAAGAUCCCGAUGAUGCGGUUACUCAUGACGCCAGUGACUUAUAACCCCAGUCGGGAUUAGGAUUAAUAUAUUGAACAAUUUACUCAGUGUUGGUGUUGAGACCAUGUGCCUGACAUGCAGAAAAACAGGCAGUUAAAAUAAUAUAUAAAAAAUUUGACUUCGGAAAAUCUGUGAAUUUGGGCUUUACAAGAGCAAAAUGUUAGCAUAGAACAUUAGGACAUUUUUGGUAUUAAAAAGCAAAGUAUUAGAUAAAAGCAUUAGGACUUUCGCAGAUGCAAGUUUUCUUUAAACAGUUCGAUAUCAAAUCUGUAAUAAUUCUGAAAGAAAUUUACAAGAAUUGUACUUGACCAACAACUAAUUAUGAUGACAUAUUUCUUGUCACUGAACAUUCUACAUAUCCAUCUAGGAUAAAAUUGAAUGCCGGACAUUUAUUUCUUCAUCAUAGCCUAAUUUAUUAUCAUGAAAUGUCCAUAACUGUGGAUUGGCAUUAUGUACACUCUACAUCAAAUUUAUUUCAAAACUUUAUGAAAGUUUGUGUAUGUCAACAUGUUCAAACUCAAGUUAGAGUUCAAUCUCAUUGAUUCCCACAGAACCACCAUAGAGAUGCACAUCUGUGUGGUCUGUCAUUUUUAUUGUGCAAUUGUUAUAUUUUUGUAGUGCAAAGUCUGGAUGGUCGGUGAUGAUUAGUGAGUGCUGUCUGAAUGUGCUAAAUGGUUGCUUAAUUGUGUGAGUGAAAGAUGAGGACUUAUUUAUGAAUAUUUUCAAGUUAUUUCAAGAGACUGUCAUUGAGCUUGUUCAAUAGUGAUGAAUGUGUGGUAGAUAAGUGUUUGAUCAGAAUUUGUUGGUUGGGUCUUAACAGCAACAGUUUGGUGCUGUCAGUAUUGAUGAUUUAUUCCUCUGGCAUUGUGUGCAAAAUUUUAGUGUAUUGCGUCAUUUGGUGCACCAGGUCCAUAUGUAUAUCAUACAACAUUCCUGUAAAUUUCAUUAAUAAUGUCAAUGAUCAUUGAUGCAAGAGGAUAAGAGCAUUGCCUCUGUGUGCAUACAUGUAUUAAUGUUUGAAUUAGCAGUUUGAUAGAAAUAUUUAAGAGAUCUUUAUGCUUCAAUGAAAGAUGGUGCACCGAUUUUUCCUUAAAUGUAAGAACAUAAAUUAUUGUUGGUAUAAAAAAAAUGAAUAAAAUAUUUUUUAAAACAUUAA